AACCAGAAAAUUAACACGUUUUUCUUUCCCUAAACACUCACUAAUAACACUAUUCCCUUACUCGUAUCUUCAUUUAUUAUUAGUCAAACCUACCGCGUUCACACACACGCUUCCGCAGCUUUCCCCUCACAAAUAUAAACCAAAUUCCUCUUCCACUUUUCUCAACUCACCAAAUUCUUCACCGUUCACACAAACAAAAAGCACUUCUACUUACUAUAUAAUCACUUUUUCAAUUUCCCACUUAUGGAUAUCAGCUCCAUCAGUUUAGAAGAUUAUUCCUUCUUAUUCCCUGAAAUGGAACAUCAACAACAACAACAACAACAACCAAAUAUAAACACAACAAAGAAGAGAAAUUACCCUGAAGAAAUUUCACAACAAACUCAUUGGUAUAGUAACAACAACAAUAACAACAGCUUCAACGAUACUUCUGCAUUAAACGAUAUUCUCACCUCUCUCAUUCAUUUCGAUAAACAACAACUAACUCCAAAACAAGAAAUACAAUCACAACAACCAACACCUAUGAAUUCCAAUCCAAAUUCUAACGAAUUUCAAUUCGAUUUCGAACUCGAAGACUCAUCAUCACCGGCGAAGAAACCGCGUCUAACUGAUGCAGCAGCAACUGCAACAGCCACUUCUGGUCCAUCCAGACGGUUAUGGGUUAAAGACCGUUCAAAAGACUGGUGGCAAUGGUGUAACAGUCCGGAAUGUCCGGAAGAAGAGUUUAGAAGAUUCUUUCGUAUGAGCAAAGCAACGUUUGAGUUUAUUUGUAACGAACUUGAUUCAGCUGUUAUGAAGAAAAACACUAUGCUCCGUGACGCAAUUCCGGUACGGCAGCGUGUGGCGGUUUGUAUCUGGAGACUUGCCACCGGGGAUGCUCUUAGAAUUGUUUCCAAAAGAUUUGGUUUGGGUAUAUCCACGUGUCAUAAGCUCGUUCUUGAGGUUUGUUCUGCAAUUAAAAAAGUUCUUAUGCCCAAAUUUAUUUCUUGGCCUGAUGAGAAUAAAUUGAAUUUAAUUAAACAAGAGUUUGAGGGUGUUUCUGGAAUUCCAAAUGUUGGUGGUUCAAUGUAUACUACUCAUAUUCCAAUAAUUGCACCUAAGUCCAAUGUGAAUUCUUAUUUCAACAAGAGACAUACUCAGAGGAAUCAGAAAACUUCUUACUCUGUUACAGUUCAAGGCGUGGUUGAUACUAAAGGAAUUUUCACUGAUGUUUCUAUUGGCUGGCCUGGUUCUUAUCCCGACGAUCAAGUUUUCGAGAAAUCGGUUAUGUAUCAGAGAGUUACCACAGGAAAUUUGAACGAUGUUUGGGUUGUUGGUAAUUCUGGAUUUCCUUUAAUGGAUGGAGUUUUGGUACCUUAUAAUCAUCAGAAUCUUACUUGGACGCAACACGCAUUUAACGAGAAAGUUGGCGAUAUUCAGAAGCUUUGUAAGGAUGCAUUUGCAAAAGUGAAAGGAAGAUGGUCUUGUUUGCAGAAGAGAACAGAGGUGAAGAUUGAAGAUUUGCCUGGUGUUCUUGGUGCUUGUUGUGUUUUGCAUAAUAUUUGUGAGAUGAGGAAUGAGAAGAUGGAUCCUGAAUGGAAUUUUGAACUUUUUGAUGAUGAAAUGGUGGCUGAAAAUAGUGUUAGAUCUGUUACUGCUGUUCAAGCUAGAGAUAAUAUUGCUCAUGAUUUGUUACAUCGUGGCCGUGCUGGCAAUACUUUUUUGUAAUCUUUUAUUUUGGUUAAUUAUGUCUUGUUAAUUAUUGUAGUAGGCAUAUAUUGAGAAGAAGAACAAGAUUGUGUUAUUAGUGAGACAGAUUUUUUAUUCAAACAUAAAAUGAAUGAAACAGUUGAAUUUUGUUACAA